AUGUUAAAAUCAGAAAGAAAUAGCUUUUGUAGCUGUAGUCUCCUCCUCUUGUAUUACGUGUUGUUUUUUUUAACAAAUAACCAGUUACUGUUGGUUUCUUCAGUUGUCCAAGUAGCUUAUUUAUGCCUGACCCGCACAGUUCUUAGCAUAUUUGUGACCAGCUUUAGAGGGUUUGUCAGCAUGCCUAACAGUGGAGAGACUCUUACGAAAAAAUUACAAGAUGAAAAUGGAACCUUUACAGAUGCACAGACUAUCUGCCGAGAUUCGCUGUCUUAUUUGGAGGAGACCCAAGAUGAAGGCAUAGAGCCAACAGAGUCUCUGUGGACUUCCUGUGCUGAUGGCAGAGUGAGACUGAGAAUAGAUAACUCAUGUCCACAGACUCCCAUAACAGUUCAUCAGAUGUUCAAGGAGAGCCUAGAAAAAUAUGGAUCGCUUAAUGCUUUGGCCAGCAAAAAGAAUGGAAAGUGGGAGAAGAUAACUUUUUCAGAGUAUUAUUGCCUCUCCAGGAAAGCAGCCAAGAGCUUCUUGAAGCUUGGUCUUGAACGAUUCCACAGCGUAGCAAUCCUUGGAUUUAAUUCUCCAGAAUGGUUUAUCUCAGCUGUUGGAGCUGUUUUUGCUGGAGGAAUUGUCACAGGAAUAUAUACAACCAAUUCUCCAGAGGCCUGCCACUACAUUGCUCAUGACAGCAAAACCAAUAUCAUGGUUGUGGAAAAUCGGAAACAAUUGGACAAGAUAAUGGAGAUCUGGAAUCGCUUGCCGCACUUGAAAGCUAUUGUGCUAUAUAAGGACUCCGUUCCAGAGAGACAUCCAAACUUGUAUACGAUGGAAGAGUUUCUGGAGGUGGGAGAUGACAUAUCUGAUACUACUUUGGAUGAUAUUAUUAACUCCCAAAAGCCGAAUCAAUGCUGUGUACUAAUAUACACAUCUGGAACAACUGGGAAGCCAAAAGGAGCAAUGCUGAGUCAUGAUAAUAUAACUUGGACAUCAGCACAUUGCAGCAGAGCAGGAGAUAUGCAACCGGCAGAGGUCCAACAGGAGUCUAUAGUCAGUUAUCUCCCACUCAGCCACAUAGCUGCGCAGAUAUAUGACCUGUGGACUGGAAUCAAAUGGGGAGAGCAAGUUUACUUUGCUGAGCCAGAUGCUCUGAAGGGCAGCUUGAUCAACACACUAAAAGAAGUACAGCCAACAUCUCACAUGGGAGUUCCCCGAGUAUGGGAGAAAAUCAUGGAGAAAUUAAAGGAUACUUCUGCUCAGUCAGGAUUUAUGAAGAGGAAAAUCCUGUCAUGGGCUAUGUCACUUAGCUUAGAGAGAAACCUAAACUGCUCAAGCAGCAGUGAUUUAAAGCAGUUCUGGACAAGGUUAGCAGACUACUUAGUGCUUGCAAAAAUACGCAAUGCACUGGGUUUUUCUUCCUGUCAGAAGCACUUUUCUGGUGCUGCUCCUCUCAAUACAGAAACACUGUAUUUCUUCUUGGGUCUGAACAUCACCCUGUAUGAGGCCUAUGGGAUGAGUGAGACCACAGGCCCACAUUGCCUAUCUGGGCCCUAUAUUUACCGGCAGCACAGCUGUGGUAAACCAGUACCUGGCUGCAGAGUGAAAUUGGUGGAUGAAGAUACAGAAGGCAAUGGAGAAAUCUGUUUCUGGGGAAGGACUGUUUUCAUGGGUUAUUUAAAUAUGGAAGACAAAACAAAAGAAGCCUUUGAUGAGGAUGGGUGGCUGCAUUCUGGAGAUUUAGGAAAACUAGACAAAGAUGGCUUUCUCUAUGUCACUGGAAGAAUUAAAGAUUUGAUUAUUACAGCUGGAGGUGAAAAUGUGCCUCCAAUUCCAAUUGAAGAUGCUGUUAAAAAAGAACUCCCAAUUGUUAGUAAUGCUAUGGUGAUUGGAGAUAAAAAGAAGUUUUUGUCAAUGUUGCUGACCCUAAAGAGUGUGCUGGACCCAGAUACAUCUGAUCCCACUGACAUUCUCACUGAGCAAGCUAGAGACUUCUGCCAGAAGACUGGUAGUAAAGCCACUAAAGUAUCAGAGAUUGUAGCUACAAGAGACCAGGCGAUCUACCAGGCCAUUCAGGAGGGAAUCAACAAAGUCAAUGUGAACGCUACUAACAGAGUUCAUUGUAUUCAAAAAUGGAUAGUCCUGCCAAGAGAUUUUUCCAUUUCUGGGGGAGAACUAGGUCCGACAAUGAAGUUAAAACGGCUCACCGUGCUUGAGAAAUACAGAAAAGAAGUAGACUCCUUCUAUGAAGAAUAAGAAGUCUUUCAUCCAAGCAUUAAGAAAGAUCUGUGAGCUAAAGAAAGUAUUUCUUAAUCAAAAGCAUUAACGAAGAUUAUGCUUGUUUUUGUCUUGUAGUCUAUUGAACUGAACCACUAGUAAACUGCUGUGUCAAUUUAGUUGUUCCUGAUACUCACCUGAUAGUUUGUCCUCUUUUUACAGAAGCAUCUACACAGUGUCUGUUUUCUAAUACUGUUUUUACUUUAUGCCCUAAAUGAUUAAGAUUAAAAACAUCCUCUUGUGUUGUAUAAAGUGGGUAUAACUAAUUAAUUCCGCUGGACUGAAACAGAAGGAAAACUUUUUUUAUACAGGGAUCUUCCCUUUUAAUUUUUUUUUUUGUGUUCUACAGGAGGUUGCCUGUAGCUCAUGAUGCAUUUUGGUAGAUCAGUAGUUAGCAGUACUGCUUAGUGAAACUUAUACCACUCCAAUGAUAAAGACAAUUAUUAAAAAAAAAAAAAAUCAAAAGGGCUGGUUUUUUCCCCUCCCAGAGAUGAGUUUAUUUUUGUUCACUAACACAACAUUUCUGAACCUAAAGACACUCCUCUUCCAUUUUUACAGUGGCUAGAAUUCAGACUUUUGUGAAAGCAGCAGCUCAUAAUUUCUUAAAUUCAUGUUGAAAUAAGCUAUUUCUCCUAAAACCAAAUAAUCAAACAAGUUGGGGGAAUAGCUCCCUAAGACUGAAAGACACAAAGUAGCAAAUACAGGAGCUCUCACAUUAAAGUGCUAUUUAGAACAGAAACUUCUUAAAAAUUAUUUACAGCACUUUUUUUAAGCAAAAGUGUUUAGAAGCAAUGUUUGUCAGUGUGUUGCAACUCUACCUGCAUCUUUCAAUAUUCACAUUGUACUAAUUCUGGUAAGUGCGAGCUGCAUUUCUUCUUCCCCUUUAUAAAAAAUAAAUGUUAUGUGAAGGACAUACUUGACAGAAAGUUGUCUAAAGCGUUUGCUGUUAGUAAGUGAUCUUUGGCAGAGAGUUUAAUAGCUAACACAAGCAGGCUAGGCUACAGCCACUGGUGUUGAUCAAAACAAUCAUGCAGAAUAGGGUAUUGUUGCCAUGAAAGUUCCAUUACCAGUCUUGCACAUCUUAGAGACUUAAGAUUUGUUGCAAGUACCAACAAUCAGCUCAACACAUAAGACAAGACAGAAGCCUAGGAUUAUAAAAACAAACCAAGCAAUAGCACUUUGAAAAGUUUAUUUUUCCCCAUUUUGUGCGUAAUGGUAAUUCAGAAGUUCUUUAACAAUAUUAAUCUAAAGGAAACAAGGAAGCAGCAGCUUGUAAAACACAGAAAGAAAUGUUGCCCUAUUCACCAACAGCAGAGUGCAUGAGGAAUAAAGCUCACUGUCCCUCCUCCUCCAUGUUAGACUGUAUAAAAAAAGUUGGGAUGCUUACUUUAUAGAGUGACACUAGAAGAAGUGACCCAAAAUUGAUUUUACUGCUGAAACAACCAGCCUCAACAGAAAGUAACUAAGUGGAGUAAUAUCUAUUAAUAGAAUUAAGCUUUAAGAAGCCUGGUUCUGGCAUUAGGGAUAAUCCUGUGCUAUAGUCAUGAGUUUUAAAAUACACAUUUUCUUGUAGGGUGUACUAAUGGAAGCAUACCUUAAGACAUACAGAUCAGAAUGACUCAUAUGACAAUCUGUAUGCGAUGAAGAAGGGAAGGAAAAGAGUUGCUUUUGCGCCCAUUAAGCUUAGUAAACAGGGAAAAAAUAGUUUCAGAUCCCCUUGAAUAGGGAUGAAAUGUAUUUCUGGAACAUAGGCACCAGAGCCAAACCUUCGAUCCGUCUUAAUCCAUUUAGGACUAGUCCCUUACAUUCAGAGUUUCUAGAAUAAAAUUACUAGUCAAUACAGUAAGACACACUGAACAGACUAUGCAUAAGUACAACACAAAAAGCAUUCUAGCAGAAGUCAUGAAAUAUUUAGUAUAAAUUUGCAAAGUUAAUACUUUCCCCUCACAAUAUAUGGCAGAAGUAAUUUUGUAUAAUUUACUCUCAUUAGAACUCUGUUGUAAAGUGUGUUUCAGAGAGGAAAAUCUGUAAGAGUUAUUUUGGUAUAUAGAUUUGAAAAAUAAUUUUACUUCAACAUUAAUUCUCACCCCUUGCUGGUUAAUGGUUGUAGGUUUUUUAAAAUACACAAAUAGAUUAAAUCUCUUGAAUUUCGUAUUUCUUUAUUCAUGCCCUUGGAGGGCAAGGCUAUAUUUCAUGAAUCACCGGAGUAUCUAAAGUGGUUUUUUUCAUUGCUUUUAACAUGAAAUUGCUAUUUUAAGUUAUUUUAUACCCGUUUCUGUUUAUGAAGGUCAUCUUGUGCUAUUGUUAGGCUGAAAACCUAUCUUUUAAAUAUCAGUAAGAUCAAUAAAGUAGGUUUUAACCAUUAAGGUGCUUUUACAUUUCACUAAUUCUGUUACUGGUUUAUUUGCAUAAUUUUCUUUGUGGAAAGUAAAAACCUCUAGUUGAAAUGGAAGAUGGUAGACAGUUACAGUGGCAAUAAAAGAAUUCACUUACAUAAAAAUGUUCACCAGAUAGAAAAAAAUAAAUAAGACAAAGCACUUAGGAAAGUCCACUGAAAGCAGGCACAAGCAUCAUUUGUAGCCAUCUGGACUAAAUUUAUUAAUGGAGAGGCCCUAAC